AUGAACCAACCAACAACAAUCGUUUUUCACGCAGAACUUUCCACCGACCGUCCUAUUUCAUCGUUAUUGUCUGAAAUCGUCCCUCCCCCGAAUAUAAUUCUUAGUGUCGAAGAACUCGUCGAUUUCACCAAAGUAUCAAAGAACGUUCGACGCGGGCAUACGGAUAUUGCUCGACCACCGAAUAGCUUUAUGAUAUACAGAAGAGAAUUUCUUGCGCGAAAACGAAACGGCAUGGAAGGUCCCCUCAACAUGAAUAGAAUUUCUAUAGAAGCGGCGGCCCGCUGGAAGUCGGAAUCUCCCGAGGUAAAAGACUUUUUCGCUAAGGUUGCCGACGUCGUCAGAGAAAUCCAUCAUAAAAACCACCCUUAUUAUAAAUAUACCCCGAGAAAAACACCCAAGAAGAAGAGGGUAAGGAGAACGCCAAAACCCUGGCAGUACGAGAGAGGGGGUGGCGAAGAAGAACAAAAAGUAGUAGUGUGUCCGGAGGGGUCUGCGUGUUGUGGGAAUGAACCGUCAGGUGGUGCUGACGAGUCGAGCAGCAGCGACGAUGAGUUCUUUGACGCUGUCGAAGAACUCAGCGACUGA